AGUUUUUUCUUUCGAGUCGAAAUUGUUCAGUCAGUCGGUUGCGCCCCUCCUUCUGCCCAACCCGUCUCAUGAUAUUGAAGAUUGGCUUUACUGUUGGUCCUUGGUUGAUCUGCACACCAUAAUUCCGCCAAGCUGUUCUCCCUUAGAGCCGCAGCGCGCCCAGCAGCCGCUCUUCGAAGCGUGUCACCCUUCCGACAACUGCUGUCUCGGCCCCUCAACACCAUAUCGCUGUCCAAUCCACACAUUAUGGCCGCCCUUGAUUCCCAAAAGUACACGCCCGCAGAGGAGUCGGAGAUCCAGGCGUGGAUCGCCAAGGCUGACUCCCUCAAGUCUGGUGCUUCCGACUCCCUGCUCGACUCUCUGAACGCCGACCUCGCGACCAGAACCACUGCCCUCGGCACCAAGCCCAGCAAAGCCGAUGUUGCCCUGUAUGAGACGCUUGCACCUCUAGUCAAGGGUUGGACCCCGGAGCAACGAACAGGCCAGCAGGGCCGCCCCAACAUCGUCCGCCACAUCGACUUUGUGCAAAACAGCCCGUUCUUUGGCCUCAGCAUUGCCGAUGCAGACAAGGUUCAGGUCAACCCGGACGAAAUUCUCUACGUCAAGCCGCCCGUCGACGCCAAGGCCGAGAAAGAGCGCCUCAAAAAGGAGAAGGCUGCCGCCGCCGCCGCCGCUGCCGCCUCCACCGGGCCCACUGCGGACAGCGCAAAGAGCCUCGUGGACCGGACAAAGGAAGCAGCCAAUGCGGUCGCAGACAAGGCCGCCGAGGUAGCGGACAAGGUGGCUGAGGCCGUCGCCGGCGAGGGCAACGGCAAGCAAAAGAAGGACAAGAAGGAGAAGAAGGAGCGCCAACCGAAGCAGCCCGCCGCGCCACCCGCACCGACCGUGCUCUCCCCCUGCCUGAUUGAUCUGCGCGUCGGCCACAUCCUCAAGGCGAUCAAGCACCCCGAGGCCGACUCGCUGUACGUGUCGACCAUUGCCAUGGGCGACCAGCCGGGGACAGAAGACACAUCCGAGUACGAGGGCCAGGUUGUGCGGACGGUAUGCUCCGGCCUGAACGGGCUGGUGCCGCUCGAGGAGAUGCAAGGCCGCAAGGUGGUGGUGGUCUGCAACCUCAAGCCCGUCAAGAUGCGCGGCGUCAAGUCGUGCGCCAUGGUGCUUGCCGCGUCGCCCCGCCCCAAGGACGGCGAGGCCGACGAUCACAAGGGCCCCGUCGAGCUGGUCAACCCGCCUGCUGAUGCCAAGGCCGGCGAGCGCGUCUACUUUGAGGGGUGGCAGGGCGAGCCGGAGAAGGUGCUGAACCCCAAGAAGAAGAUCUGGGAGACUUUCCAGCCUGGGUUUACUACGACGGAGGACCUUGAGGUGGCAUUCGACGCCGGCGUGGUCGAGGCGCUCGAGGGCAAGACGGGUCUGGGCAAGCUGGUUACCGCCAGCGGCGGGGUUUGUAAGGUUGCCAGUCUAAAGGGUGCUCAGGUGCGGUAAGACAGCAUACCCCUGAUGUUUGGUGUAGCAAAAGCGUAGCGCUGCGGCCCUUUCGAGAACCGCGCUAGAGGGUCAAACAAAUAGAACGGGUGUCAGAUGCCAUGGCAAGCAAACUAUCUUCACUCCCAUUUUCUACGGAUGAUGCCAAGCGUUAUACUCGCCUAUGGCUUCUCCUGGUUCCCGUAUAGCAGCUGUAGCAUGGCCAAAUACAGAUCGGAC